AUGGCUCCCCAGUUUUACAGAGGAGAGUCCAAAUUUCUCAGCCAGGCAUUCAACGCCUCCCAUGAUCUGAUGCUCCCUGUCUCCUUCUCAGCUUACCUCACUUCCCUCGUGCUCCACCCUCAUGAAACUGCUCCCCCGUGCAUGUCCAGUCUCCCCAGCUUCUGCUUGCAUUCUUCUGAAUUUGAAGAAGGGACAUUCCUUCCCAUUCUGUCCAUCUCUACCUGCUUAAAUCUGUCACCACCACUGGUCCAAGCGAUCUUCAGCGGUGAUCCGGAGGAGACACGGAUGCUCAUCCACAAAACUGAAGAUGUGAAUGCUCUGGAUUCUGAGAAACGAACCCCCCUUCAUGUGGCCGCAUUUCUGGGAGAUGCAGAGAUCAUUGAACUCCUGAUUCUGUCAGGAGCUCGUGUAAAUGCCAAGGACAACAUGUGGCUGACCCCACUGCACCGGGCUGUUGCUUCCAGAAGUGAAGAAGCAGUACAAGUAUUGAUCAAGCACUCAGCUGAUGUCAAUGCGAGAGACAAGAACUGGCAGACCCCCCUCCACGUGGCAGCAGCCAAUAAGGCUGUCAAAUGCGCAGAAGUGAUCAUUCCCCUGCUGAGCAGCGUCAACGUCUCUGACCGAGGGGGGCGCACAGCCUUACACCAUGCGGCUCUGAAUGGCCAUGUGGAGAUGGUCAAUUUACUCUUGGCCAAAGGGGCUAACAUCAACGCAUUUGACAAGAAGGACCGGCGUGCUUUGCACUGGGCAGCGUAUAUGGGCCACCUGGACGUUGUGGCAUUGCUCAUUAACCACGGCGCAGAAGUGACCUGUAAGGAUAAGAAGGGUUACACCCCUCUGCACGCCGCGGCCUCCAAUGGACAAAUCAAUGUUGUCAAACAUCUCCUGAAUCUGGGGGUGGAGAUUGACGAGAUCAACGUGUAUGGAAAUACAGCGCUUCACAUCGCCUGCUACAACGGACAGGAUGCUGUGGUUAACGAGCUCAUUGACUACGGUGCUAACGUGAACCAGCCCAACAACAACGGGUUCACCCCUUUGCAUUUCGCUGCUGCCUCCACUCAUGGUGCUUUGUGUCUUGAGUUGUUAGUGAACAAUGGGGCAGAUGUUAACAUUCAGAGUAAAGAUGGCAAAAGUCCACUUCACAUGACAGCUGUUCAUGGAAGGUUCACACGGUCACAAACCCUCAUUCAGAAUGGAGGCGAAAUUGACUGUGUGGAUAAAGAUGGCAACACUCCUCUCCAUGUGGCUGCAAGAUACGGUCAUGAGCUUUUGAUUAACACCUUAAUAACCAGCGGAGCUGACACAGCCAAGUGUGGAAUCCAUAGCAUGUUCCCCUUACAUUUAGCUGCCCUAAAUGCUCACUCUGACUGCUGCAGAAAGUUGUUAUCAUCGGGACAAAAGUAUAGCAUAGUAUCCUUGUUUAGUAAUGAGCACGUGCUGUCUGCAGGCUUUGAAAUAGACACCCCAGAUAAAUUUGGAAGAACGUGCCUUCAUGCUGCUGCUGCAGGAGGUAAUGUGGAAUGUAUUAAACUCUUGCAGAGCAGUGGAGCGGAUUUCCAUAAAAAGGACAAGUGUGGGAGGACCCCUUUGCACUAUGCAGCUGCGAAUUGUCAUUUCCACUGUAUUGAGACAUUAGUGGCCACGGGAGCCAACGUUAAUGAAACAGAUGACUGGGGACGGACAGCUUUGCACUAUGCUGCGGCAUCAGACAUGGAUAGAAAUAAGACUAUCCUAGGAAAUACCCAUGAAAAUUCCGAAGAAUUCGACAGAGCCAGGGAGCUGAAAGAAAAGGAAGCGGCUCUAUGUCUAGAGUUUCUGCUUCAGAAUGAUGCAAAUCCAUCCAUCCGGGACAAGGAGGGUUACAACAGCAUACAUUAUGCUGCUGCCUAUGGCCACAGACAAUGUCUGGAAUUGCUUUUAGAAAGAACCAACAGUGGUUUUGAAGAAUCAGAUUCUGGUGCUACCAAGAGUCCACUCCACUUAGCUGCCUACAAUGGGCACCAUCAAGCCUUGGAAGUCCUUUUGCAGUCGCUGGUGGACCUGGACAUCAGGGAUGAGAAAGGCCGCACUCCUCUGGAUCUGGCUGCCUUUAAGGGACACACAGAAUGUGUGGAAGCACUGAUCAAUCAGGGCGCGUCCAUCUUUGUGAAAGACAAUGUAACCAAAAGAACCCCACUUCAUGCCUCAGUAAUUAAUGGUCACACACUGUGUUUGCGGCUGUUACUAGAAGUUGCAGACAACCCAGAAGUGGUUGACGUGAAAGAUGCCAAAGGACAAACUCCACUGAUGCUUGCUGUAGCAUAUGGACAUAUUGAUGCUGUUUCAUUGUUACUUGAAAAGGAAGCAAACGUAGAUGCUGUUGACAUCAUGGGAUGCACAGCUUUACACAGAGGGAUUAUGACAGGACACGAGGAAUGUGUGCAAAUGCUCCUGGAACAAGAAGUGUCGAUUCUCUGUAAAGAUUCCAGAGGGAGGACGCCCUUGCACUAUGCAGCCGCCCGGGGCCAUGCCACGUGGCUGAGUGAGCUGCUCCAGAUGGCUCUUUCCAAGGAGGACUGUUGCUUCAAAGACAACCAAGGCUACACACCGCUGCACUGGGCUUGUUACAAUGGUAAUGAAAACUGUAUAGAGGUACUUUUGGAGCAAAAAUGUUUUCGCAAAUUUAUCGGUAAUCCCUUCACUCCACUGCACUGUGCAAUAAUAAAUGAUCAUGAGAAUUGUGCAUCAUUGCUACUUGGGGCCAUAGAUUCCAGUAUUGUCAGUUGUAGAGAUGACAAAGGCAGGACACCCCUUCAUGCGGCAGCAUUUGCUGACCACGUGGAGUGCUUACAGCUGCUCCUGAGACACAACGCUCAAGUGAAUGCAGUAGACAAUUCAGGGAAGACAGCUCUGAUGAUGGCUGCUGAGAAUGGGCAGGCAGGCGCUGUGGAUAUUUUGGUGAACAGUGCCCAGGCUGAUCUGACUAUAAAGGACAAAGACUUGAAUACACCCUUACAUUUGGCUAGUAGUAAAGGUCAUGAAAAAUGUGCCUUGUUAAUACUUGACAAGAUACAAGACGAGAGCCUUAUUAAUGCAAAAAAUAAUUCACUGCAGACACCCCUCCACGUUGCUGCACGCAAUGGCUUGAAGGUGGUAGUUGAGGAGUUGCUGGCCAAAGGAGCCUGUGUACUUGCUGUAGAUGAAAAUGGUCAUACCCCGGCCCUGGCUUGUGCUCCUAACAAAGACGUGGCUGACUGCCUGGCCCUCAUUUUGGCUACCAUGAUGCCUUUUUCUCCUUCCAGUACAAUGACGGCUGUCAACUUCGUUUGUUUUAAAAAAGACAAUUUGAGCAGGACGACCCUCUCCAACCUGGGUAGCAUGGUUAGCCUGUGCAGUAACAACGUAGGCUCGGAGGAUGGGUACAAUGAAAAUGAUUCUGAUUCGGAAACGUUUUGA